AUGGCUUCCUUGUCGACUUCUUCAGCGUGCAGGCAAUGCCUGAGCCUGGCGCGUAUCGCUCUUCCACGCACAAGGCCUUCCGCCCGCCUCUUCUCAGCAUCCACAUCGGCACAACCGGCCCUGUCGUCGUCCAAAAGAAUCACAAGAAGCAGAAGGCGUCUAUCGACAAGUGCUCCCAGACCUCAGCUUGCCCAAUUGACCCGCGAGUCGCCUGCCAUCCAACAUUCCACCGAAUCUGCCGCCGACGACCGCAGCCGUGAGCUUCUGUUACCUGGAAAUCUGUUCCAUUCCUUCAGCGACUCGCCCUCUCCCAAAAUUCGCAAGCGCGCCGCCUUCAUCAAACAAAAUGCUUACUGCCCUCAUCCCGAUCACUCGGCAACUCGCCAACCUUCCAGUCCUGAUGAUAUCGAGGUGCGGAAGACUGGCACCAUGCCUCCCGCACAUGUCCGUUACGAAUGCCCGGACUGUGGUAUUCCCGUAGCCUGCUGUGAAGACCACCUGGUCGACGACUACGAGGCUCACUUGACCAUCUGUGACACUCUUCGCGAGAUCAACGAGGAUGACCAUGAUCUCGUCUCUGGCCGUUUUUUCCCCGAGUUCGAAUACCCUGGCCCGCAACUCGAUGAAGCCCAGGUCAACUUGACCAAUUGGGAUACCAUGCUUUACUCGCGCGAGUUCAACGCCAUCAACGACGAGCGCAGUCUCCGUCAAGCUACCCGCCUGCUUACAUAUCCUGCCACUGUUGCUAGUGUCCUCCACGAACUGAGUCCUUACAAUGUGCGCAACCGUCUCACUCCCGAGGGACUCAAGAGUUUGACCGCUCUUCAAUACACAUUGCACCCUCCUCGUUCUGGUGCUGGUGAUGGUAUCAAGGGUCUGCGUCCCUCCGCUCCCCCAGUGCGCUUGUUCUGCAUCGGUGCUCGCGCGGAAUCAUCCUUGCCGCGUGAGGUAUGGCAGCAACUAGCCUGGCUCUUCCCCCGCUCCACCUUCCACCUGAUCUUCAUCGGCCCCGAAAGUAUGGCUAAUCGCGACGAUGAAUACCCUCUUCCUCCCCGCACGCCUCAAAAUCCCUUUGGCGCUAUUGUCGAGGAUCGCAUUAGCUCCCAACUCAAGGUCACGACCUACGUCGAGUACUUCCACACCUUGCACAACGCCCAGGCCUUUUAUCCAUAUGAUCCCUACUUCGACGCCUUUGUUCUCUUCCACCCCGGUCUAGGCCACCCUGCCAGUUCUCACGAAUGGCAAGACACUAUCCGCCCACUAUUGGACACCAAAGUGCCCAUUAUUGCCACCGGGUACACUGAUUAUGACAUGAAGCGCGAUAUCGAGUGGGUACGAAACACCGUCGGCGACGAGAUGGAUAUCCUGCUUGAGCCAGGCGAGAACCGUUUCCGCAGUCUUCGCUGGGACCUCAACGAUCUCGACCCUCAAGACGUCAGCGCUGGCAACUGGGGUGUCUGGGCUUUCAGAGGCAAGAGAUACGAAACUCAGAUGCGUGAUUCGUAG